AUGACUGACAGCAAGCCGGAAAUGAAGAACGCCGCUGACCCGCAUGUCAAGAAGGAGCAGUUGAAGGAGAAGGGUUUGCAGCCGGCCAACACCAAGGCCAAGGGCAGCAAGAUCGCUGACCCCGCUGGCAAAGUUGCCGGAACUGCCGUCUCGCAGCACCACGAGAAGCCUUCUCGCGUUCUUAAGCCUCGCCCUCAGCACGCGAGCUCCCUCGAAACCGCGGACGAUGAUGAGUAUGACGAUUGCUGGGAUCCCCACUAUGAAGACCCCCCGACCAAGAAUGACAAAGUUGUCGACGAGGGCUUCGUCCUCAUGAAGAAGCCGGGCUCGUCUCGUUAA